CCAGAGCCUUGCAGGAGCUGCCAACUUAAAUCUCAACGUCUCUAAUUCGUGCCAACACCAAAAAAAUACAAGCUUCAACCUGCCGUACAGAACCAAACCCGAGCAGCAAAUACAAAACACCCCAGAAAAUAAAAAUGGCCUCCACAACAAUCCAACCCACAAACCCCACAGCCAUCCGCUCACUCUACCGCUCCCUCCUCCGCGCCCUGCCCGCCCGCCAGCACAUACUAUCCAGCGACCCGACGCCGCUGCACCGGACGCUGCGGGCGCAGUUCCGGCAGCCAUCUCCGGGCGCCGAACCACCAAGCCCGCGCGCCAUCGAGCAGGCCCGCCAGUACGCCGCCUACUUUUCCGCCCAGCGCACCUACACGGCCCUGCUGGAGCGCUACAACCCGGGCAUGGGCAUGGACGAGGAGGAGCGCGUGCGUCUGACGGCCAGGAGGGUCGGCAUGGACCUGCCGGUGGAGUUUGACGGGAGCGAGAAAUGAAAGUGCGGGAGGGGAAGGGACUCGGAAAAUUUCAGGGGUGUAGAGGGUGGAUGGACGUUGACACGCUGUCGUCAAGGUCUCUGGGGACUCGUGUGUGAGAUGCCUCUGCUCAAAUCGAUUUUCUUUGGGUAUCUGCGAGAAGAACCGCACGUUCUCUUAUCGGUAGCAAAGGCAGCUCACUCAUCGAAGUCCGGCAGGGGCACCCGCUGUGGGAUAAGGAAACAGACCUGUUCAAAAGCAGUGGAGGCAAAAUACCCAAAGGUAGUCAGCGAUGGGGAUUCAGCACUUUUUCGGGCUGGUUGUACUACGGAGACCUUGGGUUUUGUGGCAUACAGGCUCCAGGGAUGUGCUGAUUACGUGUGUUGAUAUCCAGGGCAACUCGCACAUUUUACGGCAACACAGACAAUGUAAAAAAAUAUGUACAAUAUAUUCAUUCAAAUCGUUGCUUGUUCUAAUCAUUUGAAAUGUGGCUCGAUGCAGGAUAAAACAGGGAGAAAAGAAAAUGCUGCCAUUUUGGUCGGGGGUAUCAUUCAAACAUUACCACAUGUAUGCUCUGCAGCAAAUACAUGCAGAAACUCUUCACCCAGUAUAUUCUCAACCUCUACCCACGCCUCCAUCCUCGAGGCUCUCAUCCCACCCUCCAGUC